GCGUGCCGGAAGCCGGAAGCCGGAAGUGCAGCUGGCGCAGGUCCAGCAUGGAAGAAUUUAAAGAUGCAAGUCCGCCUGAGGAGUUACUGAAUCACCUGAAGCUCUCAGACCAGAAGUCUGCAGGGACUGGCCCCAGAGAUGCCCAGCACCCCCAGAGCUUUGGAAGUGGCUGUGCCCCUUCCCCAGGCCAGGAUCCCACUGAGGAGUAUUUCCAUGACUGUCACGACUCCUUUGAGGCCAAAGGACCUGUGCUGGAUGAUGAAGGGAACGUUCAGGAUGACGGGAGUAGCUCGAGGAAGCAGACAGAACUAGAUGAAGAAUACUUGCUAGAGCUAGAGAAAGAUAUGCCAGAGGAGGAGAAACAGAAAAGAAGAAAGGAGAGCACGGGGCUGAAGGAGAAAGGAAAUGAGCACUUCAAGAAAGGAGACUAUGGAGAGGCAGAAGACUCCUACACCAAGGCUCUGCAGAUUUGCCCAGCCUGCUUCCAGAAGGACAGGGCUGUUCUGUUCUCAAACAGAGCUGCUGCAAAAAUGAAACAGGACAAGACAGAGGCUGCCCUGAGUGACUGCACCAAAGCUGUGGAAUUAGACCCUCACUAUGUCAGAGCUUUGCUGAGAAGAGCAGAACUCUAUGAAAAAACAGAAAAAUUAGAUGAAGCUCUGGAAGAUUAUAAGGCAGUCCUAGAAAAAGACCCAUCAGUUCAUCAAGCCAGAGAAGCUUGCAUGAGAUUACCACAGCAAAUUGAGGAGAGGAAUGAAAAAUUAAAGAAAGAAAUGCUGGGCAAACUGAAAGAUCUGGGCAAUUUGGUCCUGCGCCCCUUUGGCCUGUCAACAGAGAACUUCCAGGUCAAACAGGAUUCAUCAACUGGCUCCUACUCCAUCAACUUUGUUCAAAACCCCAACAACAACAGAUAACAUGGAUUCAGUGUGGCUCUGCACAUCCCAUGCCAGGAUCCAGCAAACCAACACCCUCCACCCCCAGGGGAAGGGGAGACUCAGCAAACUCAUUUCCCAGCUUGUGAAAUUAUUUGCAAUGUGGAUGUAAAGCAACUCAUUCAACUUCUCAUAGUGAUAACUGUGUCCAGUGUGUGAUUUUUUUUUUUUUUAAUAUUUUUUUUCCCCUUCCCUUGAGGUGUUUGGUUUUUCCAAGAGUCAGUUCCUUGGUUUGGUCCACCCAGUGCUGGCAGCAGCAGCUCAGGGGAAUCCAAAGGCUGGAACAAAGGCUGGUGGUGUCCUGGGAAGGGGGAAAUCCAGCAGCAGCACUGCCCCACCCUCAGCUGGGUGGGACUGGCACCCCCUUGGCCACAGCUCUGCCCUGGAAUCAUGGAUCUUGUAAUAAAGGCUUGGGAUUUCUGCUC